CAGUUACAAACAUAGUAUUACAUACAAAUAUACAUUCAUACAUUAAACACACACACACACACAUGCAAACGCUAAUGAAAACAUGACCUUCUUGGCGAAGGUAAUAAGUAACUAUCUAAUCACUUCUGCGGGAGUUUUAGGACCAGAAGCCUGGUGGAUUCUGGAAGAUUCACGAAGGAAGACUUGCUGAAGAAGUCAUUGAACUUGGUUAUUAACUCUAAAGAAGAGAGGAAACUAGUGUUGGACUUUCUUCAAAACAACUGGGACUACAUGAUAGAAGGCUCCACAGAUCCUUCUACACUCAUCCUCAGACUGACAUGGGAUUUCAGCACACACAAGGACUUGCGACAGUUUGAAGACUUCCUGACCGGCCAUCCUGACAUGGCGUCUCAUUCUGACGUCAUCGGAGCGCUGGAGCGGACCCGCCAGCACAUUCUGUGGAGAGAGCGGAACGAGGACGCCGUGAGGGGCUGGCUGGCACGGGAGCGGCAUGGGAGCGGCACGGGAGGGGAACGAGGACGCCUUGAGAGGCUGGCUGGCACGGGAGAGACACGGGAGGGGAACGAGGACGCUGUGAGGGGCUGGCUGGUAUACGGGAGAGACACGGGAGGGGAACGAGGACGCUGUGAGGGGCUGGCUGGUACGGGAGAGACACGGGAGGGGAACGAGGACGCCGUGAGGGGCUGGCUGGUACGGGAGAGACACGGGAGGGGAACGAGGACGCCGCGAGGUGAUGGCUGGUACGGGAGCGGCACGGGAGGGGAUAUAUAGGGUUAUCUACAGUCAUACUUACUGCGGCUUGUCUGACUUUUUACGUAUAGCAAAAUACGCUAACAACCUCAUUCUGUUAGGGCUACGGCCAAACGAUUUGACAAAGCGCUCGACGAAUUUCAUAGAUAAAAAGGAAUAUUUUAACGUUUUGUGAUUUGUUGCUUUUUAGUCUACCGAAAGAUUCCAUAUUCCUAUUAUGAAAUCAAGGGUUACACAGUCUCUAACUCAUCUCGCAACGAGGCAGAAACCUAUAAAAGAAAAUUAAGCUUUUGUACAAACUUGGUCAGUUUUCAUCUGUUUCUUUUUGUAAAUGUAGAUGGCCCUACCAAUGCCUUUGCACGCGGCAAGUACUGUUAAGUUUCAUUUACUAUAUUUAGAAGAGCAAUAGGUACCAAGGCAUUUCAUUACUCUUUGUCUGACGUAGUUAAUUAUUGGUCAUGAAAAAGUACUAUCCGAGUGGCAUGUGUAGUAUUAUGGUGUGUGCACGUGUUCUGGCGUAA